UCUCAGACAACGAUAUCAUCCUACGAUGAAGCGACCACGCCGAUCUCUCGCAACAGCCUCACCCGCAAUCAGCUCAACCUUCGCAUCCAGCCAGUGGAAGGUCCCAAAGGACCUCACCUCUUCCGAAGUUCUCGAGCCUCUGCGGAGCUCGACUACUUCGACUAUGCCCUGCAGAUGUCUCCUGUCUUGCCCAAGGAGGAACCUCCGCGGACUGACACAGCACUGUCCAACGACACCGUAAUGACACCGGUCAGCCAGCAACGUCCAACGCUCUCCCUCGACUCCGCUUUGUGUCGACCGGAGGCAGAUCCCUAUGCUCACAUUCGAUCGUGGUCUCCCGACCAGGUCAUCGAAUGGAUGUACCAGGCUGGCAUGGAGGCUUCUGUCAUGGAGUGUUUCGAGGUGCACGAUAUCAACGGAGCUGUCCUCCUCGACCUGGACUUUGACGAUCUCAAAGAACUCGGCAUCCAAUCAUUCGGCAAGCGACACAGCCUGUGGAACGCCAUCUGUCUACUGCGCGGAGAAGAUGGCCUGCCCAGCCCGACAAAGACUCCCUUCCAAGACAUCAGCCGUCCAUGCACAUCCAACACCAACCAAUGUGCGACACCCAUCGACGACUCCAGAUCGACAACUCCAUCUGGUCGCAAACGACGUGGUCGGAAAGCACCCAGGACAAGCGAUGUCAUCACUCCCGCCGAGUCCGUCUCCAUCGUUGCUAUUGAGCAGCUUCUCCCGAAGCCACACAAGUGUGCGAAGGGCGAGCGAUGUGCAAAGUGGAGGAAGCAGCAACGUGAACUACAACAGCUACAUGACGAACACGGCAUAGGCAGAUUCCCAGUUAGCCCGACCAACGGUGGAAGAAUCUUUGUCGCCGGCGACCCAGGUAAUGCUGUCACCGCUGCCAACAUGGUUCCAACGGAUGUCCUACGGCGACCGGAGCACCGAGUGGAGGAAGAUCCAUUCCGUCCAACAUCAGAAGCCAUGCCAUCUGUCAUAGCCUCUUCCGGAAUCCUCAGCCCUGGCCAGCUUCCUGAAUUCGCUCUUCACGAAGACGUGCUCAAUCGACUUGGCUCUCGUGACCCUCAAGACAACGUCAAGCACUUCCUCCACUACCAGCACAUGUCCGAGUCGCCGCUCCCAUCACCUACGCUAGAAGCACCAGGAAAUCCUUCGUACGAGAUGUUCCCACCGCAAGCCGUCUAUCCCUUCCCAGCUCACCAUCAAGAAGCUCCUGCGGUACUUCAAGCAGCAAAUCACGACACCAACUUCCGAUCCUUAUCAAAACUGGACAUUCCUCGCUCGGUUUCCGCAGGCCCUCAACUUCAUCAACGAACUCUCCCAACCCCUCAGCAACAACGCUCUCUUCCGUCCUCUAUCUCCCGCGCCGCUACUGCAUCACCUUCCCAGCAACAACAACCAAUCUAUCGCCUGGGAACGCCAGCCUCCGAGGUCGAUGUGCCAGUCCACCACAAUCCUUCCGACCCUGUUCCUGUCGCCCGCGACACCUCCCAAUCCGUACCACCGAACAUGCAAUACCGACCACAAGCAUCCCUAUCGCGCGCACCGUCAGCAUCCCGCGCCUGGCGUCGUCCUUCUCUCGCACUUCCUUCAGUCUCCGAAAAUGCCAUCCUCACAACCGGCGCCGCGGACCCACAACCGACUCGCAUCCCAGACCCAGCGCACCACCCGCCGACGACCAAGACUUUCGGCUACGGUCCAGCGUGCACCCACUCAGGCUGGAUGCGCAAGCGAACACGAACAAAGUUCCUCCGCCACGAGUGGAGCGAUACCCACUGCCGUCUCACCGGCACCGAACUCGCCGUCCACGAGAACGCCAAGCUCAACGCAAACGUGAAGGACAAGAUCAACGUCGAAGACUACGCCGUCGCAUGUUCCAGCGUGGCUGCGAGUAAGAAGUUGAGCAGUGCGUUUAAAGUAUUUAGCAUCAAUGGGAGCUCCAACUCCAACGACUCCGCUGCCUUUGCAUUUCAACUCAUUCCUCAGGCCUCAGCUUCCAGCAAUCACAAGAACUCGUCGUCCUCUCCAGAACGGAAAGGUACAGGAUCCUCAUCCGGUUCCUCUUCAUCUGCGCCAAAGACCCACCACUUCGCCGUCAAGACAAAAGACGACCGCAUUGAUUGGAUGCGUGAAUUGAUGCUCGCGAAAGCACUGCAGCAAAAAGGCCAAGGAUUCGAAGUUGAGGUCAAUGGCGUCAGGGCCGAGUAA